AUGAGCCUGCUGGGGGCCUACAAGAAAAAGACCAGUUACGAUGGCUAUGAAUCUUUGCAGUUGGUCGAUAGCGGCGGAGAUAGCUUCAGCAUCGGCAGAGGGAGCAGCGGCGGCGGCGGCGGCGGCGGCGGCAGCGGCGCACUCGGAGGCUCCAUAGCGGCCACCCUUGGACCGAAGGCAGGCCCGCUGAGAGAGGAGGACUGCAGCACCAUGGACAGCUCAGCUCCUUUGUCUACAGAUAUGGAUGCCAACUAUGGCGGGGGACUGUUGGAUAUGGUGAAAGGAGGAGCCGGGAAGUUCUUCAGCAACUUUAAGGACAACCUGAAGGACACGUUGAAGGACACCUCCACCAAGGUCAUGCAUCAAGUCGCUACGUACACCAAAGGGGAGCUGGACAUCGCCUACAUAACAUCACGGAUAAUAGUGAUGACCUACCCGGCGGAGUCAGUGCAGAUCGGCUACCAGAACCACGUCGAGGACAUCCGCUCCUUCCUCGACAGUCGCCAUGCGGACCACUACACUGUCUUCAACCUGUCACAGCGCAACUACCGUGGCGCCAAAUUCUCCAACAGAGUCUCAGAGUGUAACUGGCCUUCACGCCAAGCUCCCAGCCUCCACAACCUGUUUGCUGUGUGCAAGAACAUGCACAACUGGCUCAAACAGAAUCCCAAGAAUGUGUGUGUCAUCACCUGCUCGGACGGUCGCGCUCCCUCCGGUGUUUUGGUCUGUGCCAUGUUCUGCUUCUGCCACCUCUUCAACAACCCAGUUCCUGCCAUGCAGCUGCUCAGCGCCAAGAGACCAGGUUCUGGCCUCUGGCCUUCACACCGCAGGUACAUUGGCUAUGUAUGUAGCAUGGUAUCAGAGAAGCCCAGCCUACCCCACUCUAAGCCCCUGGUGAUCAAGGGCCUCACCAUGAGUCCGGUCCCCUGCUUCAACAAGCAGCGCAGCGGCUGUCGGCCCUUCUGUGACGUCCUCAUCGGAGAGACCAAGAUCUUCACCACUGCACAGGAGUACGAGAGGAUGAGAGAGCACAGGGUCCAGGAGGGGAAGGUCGUCUUCCCCCUGGGCGUGAGCGUUCAAGGAGAUGUCGUGGUUUCCAUCUACCACAUGAGGUCGACCAUCGGAGGACGUCUGCAGGCCAAGGUGUCCAACACUCAAAUCUUCCAAAUCCAGUUCCACACUGGCUUCAUCGCUCCUGGAACCACCAUGUUAAAGUUUAACAAACCAGAGCUCGACGCCUGCGACUCUCCUGAGAAGUAUCCCCAGCUGUUCCAUGUCAUCCUGGACGUGGAAGUAGAAGGAGUGGACAAGCAGAAGGACCUGACGCCGCCAUGGGAGCAGUUCCCCUGUAAAGACCUGAGUCCCAACGUGCUCUUCUCCUGCCACCAGGAACAUCAGGACGCCCUGGCUAUUGCUGAUGAGAUGGAGGGCUUGGACCUGGAGGAGCCAAGCCGGCCCCACGGAGGUCCAGACGGCCGGGGCCACGGUGAGGAGAGCGAGCCCUCGGACGAUGAGAUGCUCUCUCUGUCCAGCCAGCGAAGCAACGCCAGCGCCGCCCCCCAGAAGCCCGACCCCCCGGCCCCAACGCCGGCCGCCCCCGCCGAAGAGGUGGAUCUUCUCGGCCUGGAUAGGGAGGAGAUCAAGCGUCCGUGCUCCUCAUCUCAGCCUCCGCCCACAGCAGCUGGAACCACCGACCUCCUCGGGGACUUGUUCGGGGCCCCGCCUCAGCCAACCAGCGGACCCUCAUCCGCCCAGUCCACCCCGCACAAAGUAGCCCCCAACACUGCCUCGCCGUGUCCCUCCCCUGCUCCACCAGGUGAGGAGUUCCAAACAUUCGAUCCCUUCGGUGCGGGGCCCAUGCCUAAGCCUCAGGACAUGAUGGGUUCUUUCCUCGGACCAGGUAACGUGGGGCAGUCAGAUCCUUUCCUGCAUGCUGCUCGCUCACCGUCACCCACCCUGCAGCCCACAAGCCUUGGUCGGAGUUCCCCCGUCCCGCCCACCACUCCAACCGUCAACAUUCAGCAGCAGAACGCCAUGGGAGGAUGGGACUGGAACAGACCUGCUACCACAAGCACAGGAGGCUUCGGUAUGGGCAGUCGGUCGGCCACUACCAGCCCCACAGGCUCAGUCCACAGCACUCCAACACACCAAACCAAGCCAAACACCCUGGAUCCGUUCGCUGACAUUGGCAACCUCGGGGGAAGCCUUGGAGGAGGUUCUGGCUUCUCCAGCAAACCGACCACACCUACUGGAACAACUCCCUCCUUCCCUCCGAUGGGCUCCCCAUCGCGGCCUCCACCGUCUCCGCAGCACGCGGGAGGAGGGUGGCAGCAGCACGCGGGAGCCGGCUUCCCCUCGUGGCAGCCCGGAGCUGCUGGCGGGGCCGGAGGGUGGCAACCCCAAGGGCAGGGUCCCCCUCCGCAGCCAAAGCCCAGCCCCAGCCACGCCCCCAUGCCUCACACAUCGCCCCAAAACCGACCCAACUACAACGUCAGCUUCUCUGCGAUGGGGGGAGGCUCGCCCAGCGCGGGGGUCAAACCGCAGGCUGGAAUGGGUCCCAAGCCUAAAGCCUCAGAUGCCAACUUUGACGACCUGCUGUCUGGUCAGGGCUUUGCAGGGACCAAAGAGAAGAAAGGACCCAGGACUAUAGCAGAGAUGAGGAAGGAGGAGCUGGCCAAAGAGAUGGACCCUGAGAAAAUAAAGAUUCUGGACUGGAUCGAGGGGAAGGAGCGUAACAUCCGUGCCCUGCUGUCCACCAUGCACACGGUGCUGUGGGAGGGAGAGACGCGCUGGAAGCCUGUGGGCAUGGCUGACCUGGUUACUCCAGAACAGGUCAAGAAGGUCUACCGCAAAGCAGUCCUGGUCGUUCACCCAGACAAGGCGACGGGACAACCAUAUGAACAAUAUGCCAAGAUGAUUUUCAUGGAACUCAAUGACGCCUGGUCAGAAUUUGAAAGCCAAGGACAAAAACCUCUCUAUUAAACAAGAGGAGGUUGAGCGAGGAGAGGACGUCCCCGCUGAUCCCGUCAUCUAAUCCCACCACCUCUGGUUCAGCGUACUUGCAGCCGCAUCCCACAACAUCUGCCUUUAUACCUGUGCUUCGACUCGAGCUUCUCUCCCCCCCCCCCGCCACAAACACAGGCGACAUCAGUGAUGGUGAAACACUCCAGAACCGUGUCCAGACUUAACAGCGUCGCAGAACAAACGACUCCCUGUAGCUCUAAUGUACCUAUCGUAUGUAUGUGGUGCAACUCUGUCCUUCCUAGUCGAGAGUUCUUAGCUCCAAACCAGUCAAAGUCAGGAUGUCCUGGGAAACAGUUUGGUUCUGAGCAGACGGAACAAAAGAAGAGAAAAAAAAACCCAACAACACAUCAGGGAGUAAACUGAGCACGAGUAGUCUGGAAGGCACAGCAAGCGUCGAACAGCAUUUAAGCCAUUUUCGGAGGAGAUUUUGCUUUGCACCGUGUGAGAAUUGAAUCCACGAUCCGUUCUGUCAUAUCAGAAGUUUUUCAAUACAGUUGAAUGUUCCUUGUGAUGAGAAUUACAACAGCUGCAUCAAGUUACUGUAUCCUGACGAGCCCAGCCUGUAUUCCAUCCAAAAUAGGCUGUUUAGGGUACAAAUGAACUUAUUUAGAACGUGCAGUUGUUUCGUCCAGUUGGCUCUCGUAUCCAUUAGAAUGUAGUCUGUUGAAGAUAACCGAAAAUGGAGAACUGAAUUAGAUUUUGCAAUAAUAGUUUAAAAAAACAACAAAAUUUAAUUUCCCGACUCAAUAUUCAUGUGACGGAUGAAACAAAACGGUGUUGUUCUAUAGGAUGGUCCCUAAUUCUCUGUGUGUCUGAUAUAAUCAAGCCUUGUGUG